UUCAUUCGAUUCGACGGCACGGCACGGCGUCCGCAGUCCGCACCCGCGACCCCGAGCGCGAGCACGCACGCACGCACCGGCCUCGCGCCGCCCUUUCUUCUUUUAUGCGCGUUUCCCUUCCAACCCGCAGCCCGGGCUCUGGCUGGCUGCCUGGCUCCCACCGCGGACGCCGAAGGCCGAACCGUUUGCCUCUCCACGCGCUCCGCUUCCCUCCCACCCAAGUUUUUCCAGCCGUUUGACCCCCGCGCGCCGAGAGCGAGACGAGAGGUUCUCGGCUUCUAGCCGUUUCCUCCUCCUCCGGACUCCGCAGGCAGUAGAGAACGGCAGAGCCAGGUUCUCCAUCCGGCUCCUCCCUUCCCUUCCAUACCUUUCCCCGCCGCCGGCGGCGCACGGUGCACGUACACGGAUGGGCUGCAAGGGUUCCAAGCACGCGCUGCACGGGGGCUGCGGUGGACUGGCGGCGGCGCGACCGACGGAGCCGCAGCAGAGGCGCUCAUCGGGCCGCCUGCAGGCGCCGCCGCCGCGGCACUCCGUCGCGCUGCGGUCGUCCACGCUCGGGACGCUCAGCCUCGACCGCGCCGUGGCGGCCGUCGCGGCAGCGGGCGCCCUUUCUUUCGACGCCACCGCCGCAGGAGGAGGCGACGAGGGGAUGAUGAAGGCCGGCAACGACGUCGUUGCCGAUAGCGGCGCAGGGACGAUGACGAAGCUGCUGCUGGGCCCGUCGUCGCGGUCGUUCGGCGCGUGUUGGUGCCCCACCACGCCACCGCCCGUUGCGGCGCCGCCGCCGCCGAAGCGGCAGAAGAGGGUAGUAGCCGCGGCGUCCAGGGCCGUCGCGCCGCGGACGCCCAACAAGACGCCGGCGCAUGACCCCGAGGAGAUCAACGUGUGGGAGCUCAUGAAAGGGCUCGACGACGACGACGACUACGAGGAGGAGGAGGAUGAAGAGACGGACGGCGGCGGCUGCGUCGUCCACGGCGCCGGCGUUGUUGAGCGGAAGAAGGCGCAGUCGGCGCCCGGGUCCCCGCUGGUGUUCGACCCGGAACUCCUGGACGCGUUCCGGAAGGCGCUCGACGACCUGACGCCUGCACCUGACUCGCCGCCUCUUCCUGCUGAUUUCGUCAAACGCGACGGCGGAGGCGGUGAUGACGCCGUCGAGAAGCGCGCCCAAAUUCAGACGUUCCCGGGCAUCGUACGGGCGCGGGUCGACGUGUUCCAGGAAAAGAUCAACGCCAAGACGAAGAAGCUAGCCAAGAAGGCCUCGCCACCGCCGCCGCCGGAGAGCGCGGGCCGAGUCGUCGUGUACCUCACGAGCCUCCGCGGGAUCCGGCAGACGUACGAGGACUGCUGGUCCACGAGCGCGAUCCUGCGCGGCUACGGCGUGCGCGUCGACGAGCGCGACCUGUCCAUGCACGCGGGGUUCAAAGACGAGCUCCGCGCCGCCGCGCUCGGCGACGAAGGCAGGCUACCGAUGCUCCCGCAGGUGUUCGCGGACGGCCGGCACCUGGGCGGCGCCGAGGAGGUCCGCCGCCUGCACGAGGCCGGGGAGCUGGCGUCGGCCCUCGCUGCCUGCGACGCCGCGGCGCCGCCGUGCGCCGCCACCAAGGGAGGCGCCCUGCAGGACGCCUGCUGUGCCGGAUGCGGCGGAGUGCGGUUCGUGCCGUGCGACGGGUGCUCUGGCAGCUGCAAGGUGUUCGUGGAGGACGAGGAUAGCGGCGGAGCGUUCAGGCGCUGCCCGGAGUGCAACGAGAACGGGCUAGUGAAAUGCCCCGUCUGCUAGAGUAGUCGUCGUGCAAACUUUUUUUGCGAGUUUGUGUGGAAUUUUUGAGAAGCCAUUUUCUCUCUCUCUCAAGGUGUUUAGUUUGACGAGCUGUUCCGAUCGUGAAUUUGUGAUCGACUUCUUGUACAGAUGAAGAGAAAACAAAACAGUUUAUUGGGAUUUCGAUGAGAAUUUCAGAGUGAAAGUCUGAAGGCAAUGUGAAGUGUGAA